CCCCUGGCUCCGUGCCACAGACGCGACCCCACAUUCCACACACGCCUGUCACUUUAAGCUGCCUGGCUGUCCCCUGCAAACUGCUCGGUCCACAUUCUCGGGUUGGGGGGGUGAGGCACUGGCACGCCCUCCCAGCGGCCUAUAAGGCACAGGGUGGGGAGCUGGGGCCUCGCCGCCUGCCGUCCUCAUGGCCCUGCUGCUCCUGGGGAUCCUGCUGCUCCUGGGGCUCUGGGGGCUGCUCCGAACCUGUACCCGCACCCCCUCCUCAGCUUCUCGCUGGCCCCCUGGACCCCGCCCACUGCCGCUCAUAGGAAACCUGCACUUACUGCGUGUGUCACAGCAGGACCAGUCACUGAUGGAGCUCUCAGAACAGUAUGGGCCGGUGUUCACUGUCCACUUGGGGCGCCAGAAGACGGUGGUGCUGGCUGGCUACGAGGCUGUGAGAGAGGCCCUGGUGGGCACGGGGCCAGAGCUGGCUGACCGGCCCCCCAUCGCCAUCUUCCAGCUCAUCCAGGGAGGUGGGGGCAUCUUCUUCUCGUCAGGGGCACGCUGGAGGGCCGCUCGGCAGUUCACCAUACGCACCCUCCAUGGCCUGGGUGUGGGGAGGGGGCCCAUGGCUGACAACGUCCUGCAGGAGCUGAGGUGCCUUAUGGGGCAGCUGGACUGCUACAGAGGUCAGCCCUUCCCCCUGGCCCUGCUCGGCUGGGCACCCUCCAACAUCACGUUCACACUGCUCUUUGGCCAGCGGUUCGACUACCAGGAUCCUGUGUUUGUGUCCCUGCUGAGCCUGAUCGAUGAGGUCAUGGUCCUCUUGGGGACCCCCAGCCUGCAGCUGUUCAACAUCUACCCCUGGCUCGGGGCCCUCUUCCAGCUGCACCGGCCAGUCUUGCGGAAGAUAGAGGAGGUUCGAGCCAUCCUGAGGACCCUCCUAAAGGCGCGGCGGCCCUCCAUGCCCGGGGGAGGCCCCGUGCAGAGCUACAUGGAUGCCUUGAUUCAGCAGGGCCAGGGGAAAGACCCCCAAGGCCUGUUUGCCGAGGCCAACAUGGUGGCCUGCACCCUGGACAUGGUCAUGGCUGGCACAGAAACCACAUCGGCUACACUGCAGUGGGCUGCCCUCCUGAUGGGCAAACACCCAAGUGUGCAAUGCCGGGUGCAGGAGGAGCUGGACCGUGUGCUGGGGCCCGGGCGGGCCCCCCAGUUGGAGGACCAGCGGUCACUGCCCUACACCAAUGCUGUGCUGCAUGAGGUCCAGAGGUUCAUUACCCUCCUGCCCCACGUGCCUCGGUGUAUGGCGGCUGACACUCAGUUGGGCGGCUACCUGCUCCCCAAGGUGGGCACCCCCCUCCUGGACCCUGACAGGGGGCAGGGCCCUCCAUCCCUCCUUCCCUCUGCUCUGGGCCAGGGUGGGCCCCGCUGGGAGUCCCCUGGGGGGACCCUCUCUCUUCGUGCACACCCCCGGGGGAGGGGGUGCCAGGCCCACCUGCUGCACUGCCCACAGGGCACGCCUGUGAUCCCCCUGCUGAGCUCUGUGCUCCUGGACAAGACACAGUGGGAGACCCCCCGCCAGUUCAAUCCCAGCCACUUCCUGGAUGCUGAGGGACGCUUUGUGAAGCGGGCAGCCUUCCUGCCUUUCUCUGCAGGCCGCCGCGUCUGUGUGGGGGAGAGCCUGGCCAGGUCGGAGCUGUUCCUGCUCUUUGCUGGUCUUCUCCACAGGUAUCGCCUGCUGCCCCCACCGGGCCUCAGUCCCGAUGCCCUGGACACCACACCCGCCCCGGCUUUCACCAUGCGGCCUCCAGCCCAGGCCCUCUGUGCGGUGCCCAGGCCUGGGGGCUACGACCAAAGAGACUGGGGGAGGGUCUGAGUCACUCCCCCAGAUCCCGGCUUGAGGUGCUCUGUGGAUGGACAGACAGACAGCUCCUCAUGGGGCCCCCAAAGCCCUUCCUUGGCCUGAUCCUGUUCUUUAGGGGCUCAGGCCCCUUUCAGUUCUCCAUACCUGGAGUCGUCUAUACUCCUCCUCCGGUCUCCCCAGGGCAGCUGAGCUCCCUCCCUGCCCUCUGCCCUCAGACCCCCCACCCGUCGUACCUCAGGUGCCCCUCACACUCCAGCAGUGAAGCACUCCCUCCCAACACCCCCAUGCAUGCCUUCCUGGGCUCACCGCUGCCUCUUCUCCCCACUCCCCCUCCAUGCUACCCUCACAGUUCCCCCACAGGGCCAUUGGGGAACAGGUGCCCCCC